CCUCUCGUGUUGCCAAUGCCCAACCAUGAACGCAUACGCAUCCGCUUCACUCCAUCGCCUGCCUCCCAGCGUCUCAUCCAUCCACCACCGCCCCUACAAUAAAAACCUCCGAAUCCGGGGCCUCGUGUGCCCCGUCCUCCUCGUCGCCGGCGGAGCCGCCUUCGCCCACCGCAGCUCGCUCACCUCUCGCCGGGGAAGGAGCGCCGCGGCGAGCUUCUCCACCGCCGCCUCCCGCCUGACCCCACCCCUCCGAGAUUGGAAGCGGCGGCGGCCGGCCAUGGCGAUCCCGCUCGUGCUAGUAGUGCUCCCCCUCGGCCUGCUCUUCCUCCUCUCCGGCCUCAUCGUCAACACCAUCCAGGCCAUCCUAUUUGUGACAAUAAGGCCCUUCUCAAAGAGCUUCUAUCGGCGGAUCAACAGAUUCCUGGCCGAGCUGCUGUGGCUUCAGCUGGUUUGGGUUGUGGACUGGUGGGCAGGCGUCAAGGUACAACUUCACGCUGAUGAGGAAACUUACCGAUCAAUGGGUAAAGAGCAUGCACUCAUCAUAUCAAAUCAUCGGAGUGAUAUUGAUUGGCUUAUUGGAUGGAUAUUGGCACAGCGCUCAGGAUGCCUUGGAAGUACGCUUGCUGUGAUGAAGAAGUCAUCAAAGUUCCUUCCAGUUAUUGGCUGGUCCAUGUGGUUUGCAGAAUACCUCUUUUUGGAGAGGAGCUGGGCAAAGGAUGAAAAGACACUAAAGUGGGGCCUCCAAAGGCUGAAAGACUUCCCCAGACCAUUUUGGCUAGCCCUUUUCGUUGAGGGUACUCGCUUUACUCCAGCAAAGCUUCUCGCAGCUCAGGAGUAUGCAGCUUCACAGGGCUUACCAGCUCCGCGAAAUGUACUUAUUCCGCGCACCAAGGGAUUCGUAUCUGCUGUGAGUAUUAUGCGGGAUUUUGUUCCAGCCAUUUAUGAUACAACUGUAAUAGUUCCAAAAGACUCACCUCAACCAACAAUGCUGCGGAUUUUGAAAGGGCAACCGUCAGUGAUACAUGUUCGCAUGAAACGCCAUGCAAUGAGUGAGAUGCCAAAGUCAGAUGAAGAUGUUUCAAAGUGGUGCAAAGAUAUAUUUGUAGCAAAGGAUGCCUUACUGGAUAAGCAUUUGGCAACAGGCACAUUUGAUGAGGAGAUCAGACCAAUUGGUCGUCCGGUGAAAUCAUUGCUGGUGACCCUGUUUUGGGCAUGCCUUCUCCUAUUCGGCGCCAUCCAGUUCUUCAAGUGGACGCAGCUCCUAUCGACAUGGAGAGGCGUAGCGUUCACUGCUGCCGGGAUGGCCCUCGUGACAGGGGUCAUGCAUGUGUUUAUCAUGUUCUCCCAGGCGGAGCGGUCGAGCUCAGCAAGGGCAGCACGCAACCGGGUGAAGAAAGAGUGAUAGGAUGUUCGGGUCUGCUAAAAGGCAAUCCACCAAACGCUGCAGAUUCAAUUCAUAGACACCAAAUUCGAGGGUCUCUGUGGGCUAGACACCAAACUUGAUGAACUCAACAGGAAGCGCAUAGCGCUAUUCUUGUAUUUUGUUUGCAGGAAGGGAGUUGUUUUCUUUGUUUUUCUUUUCUUUUGGCAGCGGAACUGUAGGAUAUGAAUUCGUUGGUACUUUUACCCCUGCCAGCGUUAUGUGGAAGUCUUCAGUGGUUUAUGGAUUAGCUAAGUUUUCCAUCUUUUCUAGUGAUGCGUGAAUGUGAAGCCUGUGUUGAGGCAGUCUGUUUUUGGCA